AAAUCCCAAAAACCUAGUCUUCUCUCCGCCGUUGCCUCCGUGUCUCGCCGUCGGUGCUGACGUGUCAGUAGUUCUGGUUCUUGCGGUUGCCUCUGUAAUUUCGAAGAUGAGAAGCGGUUGAGAAAAAUCCGCAGACAUCGAAGUGUUUCUCGAUCUCCUUUGACCUUGAGUCUGAAAAGUUUUCUCUUUUCUUUUUUUGGGUUUUCUCAUUUCAUCCGAGGAAAAAAAGGAAAACUGCAGGAAAAAAAACACUGUGCUUCUUUGUUUAAGGGAAAAGAGGAGAAGGAAGUGCUGCGAGACCGAAGUCAGUACUUUCUGUUUGGUUCUCGAGAAAAAAAAAAAAAGGCAGUAGAAAAGGAAAGAAAACACCUUUGUUUUGUGUGAAGUGUUUGAGUGAUCGAAAUGGACAGUAAACAGAUGUUGUUGUCGGCGUUGGGUGUCGGAGUUGGAGUCGGGGUGGGUUUGGGGCUGGCGUCUGGUCAGACGGUGGGAAAAUGGGCCGGAAGCAACACGCCGUCAACUAACGGCGUCACGGCGGAGAAGAUGGAGAAGGAAAUGCUCCGUCAGGUAGUUGACGGAAGAGAGUGCGAAGUCACUUUCGACGAGUUCCCGUAUUAUCUCAGUGAGCAGACAAGGGUGCUUCUGACGAGCGCAGCAUACGUCCAUCUGAAACACUCGGAAGCUUCUAGAUACACCAGAAACCUCUCUCCCGCCAGCAGGGCCAUUCUCCUCUCUGGUCCCGCAGAGCUUUACCAGCAAAUGCUAGCGAAAGCCUUGGCGCAUUUCUUCGAAGCCAAGUUACUUCUUCUAGACGUAACCGAUUUCGCCCUCAAGAUACAGAGCAAAUACGGCGGUAUGAGCCAAGAUUCAUCUUUGCUCCACAGAUCGCCCUCGGAAUCAGCUCUCGAGAAGCUUUCUGGAUAUUUAUCGUCGUUCUCGCUCCUUUCGCAGAGGGAAGAGCCUAAAGGUACCUUGAGGAGGCAGAGCAGUGGUGUAGAUAUCAGAUCGAGCUGCAGCGGCGGCAUGGAAGGAUCUGGCAAUCCUCCAAAGCUACGAAGGAACGCCUCCGAAGCAGCGGGUAUGAGCAAACUCUUAUCUUCAAAUCCAGCGUCUCUGAAACGAACGAGUAGUUGGUCCUUUGACGAAAAGCUCUUCAUCCAAUCUUUGUAUAAGGUCUUGGCAUAUGUCUCUAAAACCACUCCGAUCGUUGUAUACCUUCGAGACAUCGAUCAUCUUCUGUUCCGAUCCCAGAGAAUCUACAUCUUGUUUCAGAAACUGAUCAAGAAACUGUCUGGACCUGUUCUCAUCCUCGGUUCAAGAAUCGUAAACUUAUCUAACGAUGGCGACGAGGGUCGAGAGAUUGAUGAAAAGCUUUCUGCAGUUUUCACGUACAAUAUCGAGAUCCAACCACCCGAGGACGAGAACCAUCUAGUGAGCUGGAAGUCGCAGUUGGAACAGGACAUGAAGAUGAUCCAAGCUCAGGACAAUAGGAACCACAUUAUAGAGGUUUUGUCCGAGAACGAUGUGGUGUGCGACGAUCUCGAAUCGAUCCUACUCGAAGACACGAAGCUCUUGAGUAAUUACAUCGAAGAGAUCGUUGUCUCGGCCAUCUCAUAUCAUCUGAUGAACAACAAAGAUCCAGAGUAUCGGAAUGGAAAGCUCGUGAUAUCUUCUAAGAGUUUAUCGCACGGAUUCAGCCUCUUCAAAGAAGGAAAAUCGGGUGGUCAGGAGAAGCGUAAGUCGGGAAAAACUCGAGAAGAUGAACCUAAGAAGGAUUUGAAAGCUGAAUCAAAACCCGACAGCGGAAACACUGAAGGCAGCAAGAAUGAGUCGGAGAAAUCGGGUUCUCCACCAAAACCCGCAAGCCCAGCUCCAAAAGCUCCGGAAAUUCCUCUGGACAACGAGUUCGAGAAACGGAUAAGGCCGGAAGUGAUUCCCGCGGACGAGAUCAACGUGACAUUCAACGACAUAGGGGCAUUGGACGACAUCAAAGAGUCGCUGCAAGAGCUCGUGAUGCUUCCUCUCCGCCGUCCCGACCUCUUCAAAGGUGGAGGUCUCCUCAAACCAUGCCGAGGGAUCUUACUCUUCGGGCCGCCCGGCACUGGCAAGACCAUGCUGGCAAAGGCCAUAGCCAAGGAAGCCGGUGCGAGUUUCAUCAACGUCUCGAUGUCGACCAUAACUUCAAAGUGGUUCGGAGAGGAUGAGAAGAACGUCAGGGCUUUGUUCACGCUGGCGGCUAAGGUCUCGCCCACGAUCAUAUUCGUGGACGAGGUCGACAGCAUGUUGGGGCAGAGGACACGUGUUGGAGAGCAUGAGGCGAUGAGGAAGAUCAAGAACGAGUUCAUGGCUCACUGGGACGGGCUCAUGACCAAGCCCGGCGAGCGGAUACUCGUUCUUGCCGCCACGAAUCGGCCCUUUGAUCUCGACGAAGCUAUCAUCCGGCGGUUCGAACGGAGGAUAAUGGUGGGAUUACCCUCUGUGGAGAACAGAGAGAAGAUUCUGAGGACGCUUUUGGCGAAAGAAAAGGCGGAAGAAGGGUUAGAUUUCAAGGAAUUGGCGAUGAUGACUGAAGGGUAUACGGGAAGUGACCUAAAGAAUCUAUGCACGACAGCUGCGUAUAGACCGGUGAGAGAGCUGAUACAGCAAGAGAGGCUCAAAGAUACGGAGAAGAAGAGUGGUGGUGGCCCAACAGAAGAUGAAGUUAGAGGGGAAAGAGUUAUCACUCUCCGCCCAUUGAGCAUGCCAGACUUCAAGGAGGCUAAGACUCAGGUUGCGGCUAGUUUUGCGGCGGAAGGUUCGAUAAUGGCGGAGCUGAAGCAGUGGAACGAUCUGUACGGAGAAGGCGGUUCCAGGAAGAAAGAGCAGUUAACCUAUUUCAUGUGAUGAUAAUAAAAAAUGCCAAAUUUCACAGCCAGGUUGGGAUUUUCCUAAUAAGAUUUGCAGAAUAAAGAUUAGAGAUUAGGGAGGUGUAUAUCCAUAGAUGGUGAACCUUGUUAAUAAUCGUGUUUCCCAUUUUAUAUAAUCGCUUCGAUAAAUCUCAAGCGGGAAAUUCCUUCCAGACAUGGAGGCCCCACGUAUA